AUGGUCAAAGAGACUAAGGAAUUGGAGCCUGUGACACGUGACUAUACCAUUCACCUCCACAAGCGUCUUCACCACACCAAUCUGAAGAAGCGUGCUCCUAAGUCUAUUAGAAUAAUAAAGGACUUCGCACAAAGAGUCAUGAAAACGAAAGAUGUGAGAAUUGAUUAUCACCUCAACAAUUUCUUAUGGUCCAGAGGAAUCAAGCAUGUUCCUUUCAGAGUCAGAGUAAGAAUGGAAAGAAAGCGCACAGAAGAAGAAACUGCAGGAGAGGAGCUUUAUACCUUAGUCAGAUAUUUGCCUGUUGAUUCCUUUGAAGGAUUAAGACCAGAGAAAGUUGAGAGCGAAUAA